AUGAGCGGGAGCGCUGCCCCCGGGCCCGGCUCGGCCCCCUGCCGCUUCGCUCACUACUUCGUGGUGUGCGGGACCGACGCGGACAGCGGGCUGGAGCCCGACGAACUGGCCGUCUUAUACCAGUGGCUAGAAGCAGAUCGCCAUGGCAAGAGCUCAGAUACUGCAAACAAAACCUCAGGAGAAAACUUUGACCAGAGCCCCUUAAGAAGAACUUUCAAGUCCAAAGUUCUGGCACACUAUCCUCAGAAUAUAGAGUGGAACCCCUUUGAUCAAGAUGCAGUGAACAUGCUGUGUAUGCCUAAAGGGCUAUCUUUCAGGACCCAGAUUGACAACAGAGACCUGCAGUUCCACUCAUUUAUAAUCACCAGGGAAGAUGGUUCUCGUACUUAUGGAUUUGUGCUCACUUUCUACGAGGAGGUCACAAGCAAGCAAAUUUGUACAGCCAUGCAGACGCUUUACCAAAUGCACAAUGCAGAGCAAUACAGCAGUGUCUACGCCUCCUCUUCUUGCAGCAUGGACUCCCUGGCAAGCAGCAUUGAUGAAGGAGAUGCCACUUCCCUGGCCAAGAUCCAGCAGUACAACUCGUAUGACAUCAGCAGAGACACAUUAUACGUAUCCAAAUGUAUAUGUCUCAUCACUCCUUUGCCCUUCAUGCAGGCCUGCAAGAAGUUCCUUAUCCAGCUUUAUAAGGCAGUUACCUCUCAGCAACCCCCACCUUUACCGCUGGAGAGCUAUAUCCAUAACAUUCUUUACGAAGUGCCCCUUCCACCCCUAGGGAGGUCGCUGAAGUUCUAUGGGGUUUAUGAGCCUAUUGUUUGCCAGAGACCUGGACCCAGUGAACUUCCGCUGUCUGACUACCCUCUUCGAGAAGCCUUUGAGCUGCUGGGAUUGGAAAACCUUGUCCAAGUUUUUACUUGUGUUCUCCUGGAGAUGCAGAUUCUUCUGUAUUCACAAGAUUAUCAGCGUCUGAUGACAGUAGCAGAGGGGAUCACCACACUGCUGUUCCCAUUUCAGUGGCAACAUGUGUAUGUUCCCAUCCUUCCUGCCUCUCUCCUGCAUUUUCUUGAUGCUCCUGUCCCUUACCUGAUGGGUCUUCAGUCUAAAGAGGGAACUGACCGUUCCAAGCUAGAACUUCCUCAAGAGGCUAACUUGUGCUUUGUGGAUAUUGAUAAUCAUUUCAUAGAGCUGCCAGAGGAACUUCCCCAGUUCCCAAACAAGCUGGAGUUUAUUCAGGAAAUCUCUGAGGUUCUCCUUCGGUUUGGAAUCCCUCCGGAGGGUAACCUGCACUGCAGUGAGAGUGCCACCAAACUCAAGAAUCUUGUCCUUAAUGACUUGGUCAAUGACAAGAAGAAUGGAAAUAUACCCAGUAACACCAUCAACAUGUAUGAGUUGCUAAAAGGCAAUGAAACCAUCGCCCGCUUGCAGGCUCUAGCAAAAAGGACGGGAGUGACGGUAGAAAAAAUGACCAUCACAGCUCCUGUGGCAGAGAAGGAAAGGGACGUAAAACUGCAGUGUGAAGAAGAGGAGCUGAGGGACUAUAAACUAAAUGUGCAGCUUCGUGAGGUCUUUGCCAACCGCUUCACUCAGAUGUUCGCCGAUUAUGAGUCCUUUGUCAUUCAAGCCGCACAGGAUAUGGAGUCAUGGCUGACAAACAGAGAACAGAUGCAAAACUUUGACAAAGCUUCUUUUCUGUCGGACCAGCCUGAGCCUUACCUGCCAUUCCUCUCACACUUCAUUGAAACCCAGAUGUUUGCAACCUUCAUAGAUAAUAAGAUUAUGUCCCAGUGGGAAGAGAAGGAUGCUUUUCUGCGGGUGUUUGACUCCAGAAUUGAGAAAAUUAGGCUGUAUAACGUAAGGGCUCCUGCACUGCGGACGUCUAUAUACCAGAAAUGCAGCACUUUAAAAGAAGCAGCCCAAUCCAUUGAACAGCGGCUAAUGAAGAUUGAUCACACUGCCAUCCACCCACACUUACUUGAUAUGAAGAUCGGUCAAGGCAAAUACGAACAAGGGUUCUUCCCAAAGUUGCAAUCAGAUGUGCUGGCGACAGGACCUACCAAUAACAAUCGGUGGGCCAGUCGAAGUGCCACAACACAGCGCAGAAAAGAUCGCCUUAGACAACAUUCAGAACAUAUUGGACUGGACAAUGAUUUAAGAGAGCCAUCGGAGGAGCUUUUGAUUCGUCAGAACUCAAUGGCAUUCUGGGAGUGGGAUCAGGGGCCACCCCCUCCUGCACGACCUCCUAAAAAAUCCUUCUCUGAAUGCUGCCUGAAAUACAUGCAGGAGGCAAGAAGUUUGGGGAAAAAUUUAAGGCAGCCCAAACUGUCAGACCUUUCUCCAGCUGUAAUUGCUCAGACAAACUGGAAAUUUGUGGAAGGGUUACUGAAAGAAUGUCGCAUGAAGACUAAACGUAUGUUGGUGGAGAAGAUGGGCCAUGAAGCAGUAGAGCUGGGACAUGGAGAGGCCAACAUAACAGGUCUGGAGGAAAAUACAUUGAUUGCUAGUCUUUGUGACCUGUUGGAAAGGAUCUGGAGCCAUGGUCUACAAGUCAAACAGGGGAAAUCUGCUUUGUGGUCCCAUUUGCUUCAGUACCAGGAAAGGGAAGAGAAGCAAGAACAUAUGGCAGAAUCCCCGGUUGCCCUGGGCCUGGAAAGAAGGAAGUCUGACACAGGAAUUACAUUACCUACACUGAGAGUCUCACUUACUCAUGAUAUGAGGCAUAUUCAGAACAUGAGUGAGAUAAAGACUGACGUGGGUCGAGCUCGAGCGUGGAUAAGGUUGUCUCUUGAAAAGAAGCUUUUGUCUCAGCACCUAAAGCAGCUUCUCUCUAACCAAGCACUCGCUAAGAAACUUUAUAAGCGUUAUGCUUUCCUACGUUGUGAAGAAGAACGAGAGCAGUUCCUCUAUCACCUUCUUUCACUCAAUGCUGUGGAUUACUUCUGCUUCACCAGCGUCUUCACCACAAUCAUGAUUCCAUACAGGACAGUGAUAAUCCCUAUCAAAAAACUAAGCAAUGCAAUUACCACAUCAAACCCAUGGAUUUGUGUUUCAGGAGAACUAGGAGAUACAGGAGUAAUGCAGAUUCCUAAAAAUCUUCUAGAAAUGACAUUUGAGUGCCAGAAUUUAGGAAAGCUAACAACUGUUCAGAUUGGUCAUGACAACUCAGGAUUAUUAGCCAAGUGGCUGGUAGAUUGCGUCAUGGUGAGAAGUGAAAUCACAGGACACACAUACAAGUUCCCAUGUGGACGAUGGCUGGGGAAGGGAGUUGAUGAUGGCAGUCUGGAGAGAAUUCUUAUUGGAGAACUGAUAACUUCAGUGUCAGAUGAAGAUCUUGGGAAGCAGUGCCGUACCCCCCCUCAACAGAAAUCCCCAACCACAGCUCGCAGACUGAGUAUCACCUCCCUUACAGGAAAAAAUACAAAACCUAAUGCAGGGCAGAUACAAGAAGGAAUUGGGGAGGCUGUGAACAAUAUUGUGAAACAUUUUCACAAGCCAGAGAAAGAGAGAGGCAGUCUUACCAUUCUGUUAUGUGGUGAAAAUGGCCUGGUUGCAGCACUGGAGCAGGUCUUCCACCAUGGAUUCAAAUCAGCUCGGAUUUUCCACAAGAACGUAUUCAUCUGGGAUUUCAUAGAGAAAGCUGUUGCUUACUUUGAAACCACUGACCAGUUUGGGGACAACGAAGAGGACGUCUUGCUUCAGAGAUCAUCCUGCAAAACAUUCUGUCGCUAUGUAAAUGCGAUCAGUACUGCACCAAGGAACAUCGGGAAAGACGGCAAAUUCCAAAUCCUGGUUUGCCUGGGGACUAGGGAUCACUUCCUUCCUCAAUGGAUUCCAUUGCUGGCAGAGUGUCCGGCCAUCACAAGGAUGUAUGAGGAGAAUGCCCUUCUGCGGGACCGCAUGACAGUGAAUUCCCUCCUCAGAGUCCUACAGACCUUACAAGAUUUCAACAUCAUCCUCGAAGGGUCACUCAUUAAAGGAGUGGAUGUUUAGCAUGGCUUUGAUGAGAACUUCAUGAUUUCUCUGCUAAGCAAGCAAACAAAAAUUGGGGACUUGUUAGAAUUUGAAUGCUGCGGGAGUGCGUCACUGGAAAGCGGAGCACCUUGUUAUCGGAUGGGAGUGGGAAGCCUAGUUCACACCAGAUUCAGGACUGUUCUUAAGGCUGCAGACAAGCUAAAAUGCGGUAUUGUAGUUUAUUUGAAACAGAAUAAAGUAGAGUAUUUUCCUGUGUUAGAUGUAUGUAAAUAUGCUAUCUUCUUUAAGAAAUUAUAUUACUCUUAAACUUUUCUUAGACAAUGUUCUCGUGCUGAAAAUAAGGAGCUUAAAACCCUGGGACAGCUGUGGGGGUUGGGGGGAGAGAUGUUGCGGCUUGAUAGCAAGGAAGAAGCCAAUCAAUGUGUAAAUACAAUGCAAACUCAGCAGGGCUUUUUUCAGGUGUUGCGAAAACACAGGAAGUAUCAAUAUGUAGCCACUGCUAUCAUCUCAUUCUUGGAAAUGUUGUGAAUGUGCACUGUUUACCCUACUGUACGCUGGUUCCCUUGUUUUAUGUUUUAAAGAUCCAAGCCCCUCCAUGUAUAUAUGCUGUGAGUUGUCAUAUUUAAGAUCUUUUGUGUAAUUUUUAUCAAUCAGCACAAGGUGAGGUGCAAAUGAAAUGUUUAAACACUGGGCAGGAGGAAUUGUUGAACCUCCAAGAAAACCCUCCAGGACCUGAUAUGUUUUUAAAAAAUCCAGUACAGCACCAGGCUGUAUUUGGGAAAUAUCAGUAAUUUGAUUUGUCAUUUUGUCUCUCUUCUGUCUGGGUUUUGUUCAGAUGCUUUUUCCCCCCGUCUGCAUUUGUACUGUGGAUGAUGACGUAUGCUUCAAGAAGAGGUUGUCUGCUUCUAUAGGUUUGUUGAAUAACUUGGUUUAGAAUAUGAACCAAGCUCUGUUUCUGUUGUGUGGCUAUAGAACCACAAACACUGACUUUGCUGUGCUACAGGACUGUUUCAACCAGUUGUAAAAUACUGGCAAGUUACUAGUCUUCCUUUAUCCUGGGGAGUAAGUGUUCCUGGGAGGCAUGGGAUCGCUUUGGUUUUGAAUAAUUCAGCUAUAGAAAAGAAGUGAGGCAAGGGGAAUUUGUGUCAAGGCUUCUGUCUCAUACUGUUUCAAACUAAUAAUGUGUUAAAGAAACACAAAUGUCACAGGCACAGAACUUGGAGAAACUGGGAGCUGCUGAAGUUCCACAUGUUAAAAUAAAAACUAAAUCAAUUGGGGGAUAGCAUGCAGCAAAUAUCUGGGAUGUCAUUCAGUUUUCCUUCCACUGAGAUUUGAUUUGUGCAAAGCUGGGGGCAUGUUAACUCAGCCAUUAGCCGCCUUUGGAGAUGAAUUUAAAAUCCUUUUGUUUCACUGGAUUAAUCAAUUUGAUCACAAUUUAUUCUUCAGUGGUUGCCUGGGUACAUCACACAGCUUGGUGUAUAUAUAGCAAUAUUUGUUUUGGAGAGGCCCUUAAUAAAAUAACAGAUUACAUUGUAGGUCAGAACUGCAGUGCAUUACAAAAGAUUUUGGCUGAAUGUUGAACAUUGCUUUUCGUUAUGUCUGGGAAGCUAGUGUCCCCCAAAUAAAUAUAAUGGAGAGGAACAAGAUCCAGAGAAAGGGCUUAGAAAUCAUGUCUGUCUUUCCUGCUUGCACGUUGCCACCUUCAGAACAGUAUUAGAAAACUGGCGUUUUAGUCACUGCUAGCCUAUAGACAAAGUUUAGUAUCUCCAGUGAGCUAUGGUGAGGUAGGAUGAGGGUAGUGCUCCUUCAAAAAGUAUUUGAAAAAGAUUAAGGGUAAGGGCAGGCUGAGGGAGAUGAAGGCAAAAUGAAAAUUGGAUAAUACAAAAGUAUUAAGUAUUGAUAGAAAGGAGAUGGCACUAACUUUUGGGAAUGAUGGCAGUGUAAAGCACUGUAUGGGAUAUCUGCAACAGAAGGAUUCAUGUCACAGGCUGCUGAAGGUCAUGCAUGUUGUGACGGUGGUAUACCCUCUCCUUCUAAAAGCUAGUAAGAAACAUCCACUCUGCUACUGCCCUCCAGCUGGGCAGUUCUUGUAAUAGAUUCAUUUUGGUGUCGGGAAGGAAGUCCUACCUCAUAUCUCCUGGACAGAUGACAAGCUGUCAGAUGGCAUCCAUCUUAUUUGAAGAAAGGGUUGUAGUGUAUAAAUAGAAAAAUGCUGACCAAAAGCAGAGGAGCCUAGAAAGAUACAAGGAUCUCAUCCAGACUAUACCGAUCUGUGCUCAGCAGAGCUAUUUCAAUAUCUGAACAUUUAUGUGCAAAACAAUCACUAUACUGACAUGCUAUUCAAAUUGCUAUCCUCACCCUUGAGGUUGUCAUGGGAGAGGUUCUGUGUUGCUUCUUGAUUUAAGCAAGGCAGAGCUUUUACCAAAUUGAAACGGUUCAGAAUCUGUGAAUCUGCUCUUGCUUGAAUUGACCAAUACCAUCCAAAAUGUUCUAUGCAGGAUGGCAGUAUCAAUAUUGGAGUUAUGGAGAACAGUUUGAGGGGCUAUGAACAAUGCAGAGGGUUUGUACCAAAAGUCCACAUCUGUACAUUGACUCUAAAUUAAUCUUUACAUCUUCAGAAGGGUGUAUUUUGGGAUGGCCGCACCACUCCAGUUAAAGUCAAUAGGCGAUAUGGCCCACAACUGAAAAGUCCAAAAUUGAGUCUUUAAAUGAAUUGUAAACUAAGUAUCAGAAUCCAUACAGCACUAAUAUGUGAUACUGAGAGCUUAGAAAGUUUGAAUUUUUAUUAUUUGCAAAUCAAUUUUAUAUCCUAUAAUUAGUAUUAGUUCCCUGCCACCUGACAUCCCAAUCUUCUAAAUGAUCUUCAUUACACCAUGAAAAAUGAUCCAUUUUGUCAUUGAUCUGUUGGCUUUUUGCAUGUGGAUUAUAUUUCCUUUCCAGAGGAAUCUGCCCUCUGGUAGUUGUGCUUUGUUUUUCUGAAUACUUAUAGCUGAUAAAGGAAGGUAGCCGUUACACUGGGCCACAGGGAAAUUAAGUGGAAAAUAUAUGUGGCUUAGGGUAGAAAUGAAAAUGGAGGCAUCCUUAAAGGGCAGGCAUAGAGGGCAAGGACUGUCCACAGAGGGCAAGUAUGAGAGGAAAAGGACUUCUUAAAGGUAGUCUUUUUAAUCUAAAGAAUAAAUCAAAACCUGACUAAUUUAAACUUUAAAUAUGGAUUUUCCCUUAUAAAGUAGAUGUAAAAACCCAUGGUAUUUAACUUAAUAUAUAACUUCACAUGGAAAGCGUUAACUUAUGGGACACAUUUAUUUUGUCAGGUUCAUACCACAUGAAUGAUAUGGGAAGAAUAUUAUGUCUAAAAUUCCCUUGUAUGUAGUAAAACACUGUAGGUGCCCUAAGCUAAGGUAUUUUGAAGCAUGAAGCACAGCUGAGUGCCUCUCAUCCCUAACACACUAGUUACUUGACAUGCUUGGGGGUAUGGUUCUUAGCAAUGAAAGGUUAUUCUUUCAUUUAUUUUUUUUUUUAGUAGAUUACUUUGAUAAUUGGAAACUGAGUAUUUUUUUUCUGUGAGGUCUACAGGAAUUCUAGCCCUCUAGAAUGUUGAGAAGCCGAUCAGGAUAAUCUUAAGCUAACACAAUUUAUACUUCAGUAUUAAAGCACCUUUAUUGGUUGAGAAAUGGAAUCUUGGGAAAGAUCAAAGCCCUCUGGCGCCUAUUUUUACGAAGCAAACUCUUUAACCAAAUAUUGCCUGUUUCUAGUGUCUGCGUUCUGCAUAGUAUUACACUAACGUUCAGUAUACUAGCUUGAAAGAGUCAGAAAAUCAAAUGCAUCACUGAGUCUCUAUAAAACAUGUAUUUAUAUUUCUCUGAAACUUAACUGGAUUCCAUUGUGUUCAGUGAAAAAUCUGUUUAUUCUGAGCUGACAUUUGUAAUUAGUUUUUGUUCAAAAUGAUCUCUUUAAAGUAGUUAUGUGAAGGCAUAUUUAAGAAAUUUCUGUCUUUCAGUCAAAUGAAGGUGUGAAUCUCAUAGGGAAAUGUUCUAUGUUACACUUGAAAUGUACAAAUGUGCCCUGUAUAGUUUAAAAAAAAAAACUUUGUCUCCAUAGUAAGUUUAUUAUUAUUAUUAUUAUUAUUAU